GUUUCCUUGAGAGAAAGAUUGACGGAGAAGCUUGAGUCAUCCAUGCGUAUUUCGAGCUCUCCCUUAUGUGAGGGGACAUCUUGUGCUGGAGUGUUUUGCUUUUAUUGGAGCCCGGUGCAGCUUCCUCCCGGCCUCUCCUGGCUCUACUCUGUUGAGGAAACGCAGAAAGCAUGGCUAAUCCAAGUACUUCAAAUGAAAUUUUGAAAUGGUUCAGAGCCCAUAAAGUGCUGAUUUCUGAUGCAAUCAACGAUUUGUUUCCUUUUCUCUAUGUUCUACGAGACAAGCAAAUAAUCUCUGAAGAAGAAUUCAAGAAUUGCCAAGAUAAGGUAGAUUCAAAUCCAAAUGGUAUUCAUAAAGCGGUAUAUGAGGUCCUUGAAAACAUUAAAACCAAUGUGUCUGCAGUAAUGGAGGUCUUCUCCAAGGAGAAUUUGAAAAAACAUCAAGAUUUACAGCCAUUACACUCAAGCCUACAAAAUGUUCUCCAGCCUGCUGGAAAUAACUCUGCCACAGAACCUGGGAGCAGCAACUUGCUCCAGACAAACAAGGACAACUCUGAGUCCUCUAUAAGGAAAGAAGGGGAGAAAAUGCAAAAUCAGAAAAAACAAAAUCUGGUUGUCCAGGUCCAAAGACUGAAGGUAACCUGUGGAAAAUCAAAAGGUUUCUUAUAUAAGACCAAACUGGAAACAGGCCCAGGAAGUCCAAAGUGUAUCAAGGCUUCUAAUGGAAACUGGUACACACUAAGAGAAUUUGUGAUUAAAGGAGGACAUGCAAGUUGGAAAAGUUGGAGAAGUAGUAUCCAAUAUAAUGGACUUCCUUUAGAAAAAUUAAUAAAGUGGGGAGAUGUGCUGAAUCUAUAUCAGAGACGCUUGAGGAUAAAGAAGACCAAGACUGGAACUGUAAAUGUAGCAGAUCAUGGAAUGACUCCUCCCUCUCAACAUCCUUUGUCUUCCCAGCCACAAUGUGCUGCUUGUAAAGAAGGAGGGUCACUGGUGUGCUGCUGUUCAUGCUCUCGAUUCUUUCAUUGUUUUUGCCAUGUUCCACAGGAAUCUGCUGGGAAAAGAAAGAAGUGGAAAUGCACCCUUUGCAAAUUGGAAAUGCACUGUGCAGCAUAUUCCCUUUCCGAUGACCAGGUUUUAAAAUUGAAAAUAAUUGGCAAGAAUACUCUGAAAUGUGCGUUCCUGCUUUUGAAGAUCUGGUGUGAGCCUAAAAGUUUUCAUUUUGCUGACAAACCAACUACAGGUCAGAAAAUUGCAGAAGAUGGAAGAGAACUGCAAAAUGAAUUUGAGAAGAGCUUUGACGAAGUGUUUCUAUUUUGUAACUAAUCGCUUAAGUUCAUCUGUCUUCAGACAUGUGAGCCACUUUCUCAGCUAACCAGCUUUUUGUGCGUUAUUUAAAAAUUGGAGAAAAAUUAAGUAGAUUUCUCUACUUCUCUGUGUGCCUGGAAUUAAAGAUGCUAUACUGGCAGGCACAUGGGAAAGAGCCUUUCCAGCCAUAGCCCCCAAACUUUAGAACACCCUACCCCAAAAAGCCCACUCUGCUCCCUCCCUGAUGGUGUUCCGGAGAUGUUUGAAAACCGUUUUGUUCUGGAGAGCCUUUGCGGGUGGGGCUGAAGAUAGAGCCUGAAACUAAUUUUAUACCCUCUUUUAGUUUUACCUCUUUAGUCCCCUUUUCAUAUUACUCCCCUAGAUUUCUUAAUUGUGUUUUAGGUAUUUUUAUUUAUUUUAAUGUUUUUUACUGUGUAUGAUUUUAUUGUAAGCCGCCCAGAGUGCCCUACUGUAGGGGAAAAGGGCAGAAUAGAAAUAUUUUAAAUAAAUAAAAUAUACAUCAAACUUUACACAAGUUUCUUAAAAGAAAUGUCCUUUAUAUAUCUAUAAAUAAAUCAUUUUUAUUAUUUGGGAUAGCAGAAUGCUAUCUGGAUUCUUUAGGAAUUAGAAUUUGAAUUGCCACAGGGGUUUUAGAUGGGUUUGCAGGGAUUACUGGGAAAAUUUCUUCUGUUCUCAGAUCGUAGGGCCAAACAAAGAGAGAUUUGUAUCAGUGAUGGGAUGGUUUCCACAGUUUCUCUGACUUAAUCCUGUCAUUCUCUCCCCCCUUCUCCCACUCCCAUUAGCAAUGGACAGAGGGAAAAGGAGCAGGCAUUUGUAUCAUACUUAUUUCUCCCCCCCCCUCCACCUAGUAGCACCUUUUCAGAUGAAGUACAGUUUAAAUCAGGGAAAAGACAGUGGGAGGCUUAAUCCCCCCCCCCUCUUGCAGCAGCUAUAAUCCAAAUUUGCUCCCACGGCCGGUUUUAGCCAAAUAAAAAUUUCAGGAUAUCAGAUGUUGGCUCUGGCUGGCACAUCACAUUAAGUUUGGCCCUUAGUCUUUUAUUAGCUUGCUAAAGUGUGGCAAGUUUACUGAGAAAAUUGUGGCUGGACUGAAUUUUGUUGAGGUUCUGUUUGGGGAAAAAAACAGAUAUUACUGUGUUUCUGAUUCUUCCUUCUGCCGUUGGAUUCCCUUGAUUUACAACGGACUCCUACUGGGAGGAAGGGUGGGAUAUAAAUAUAAAUAAAUAAAUGAAGGUUAUUUAACCAGUGCAGUGUGGAGAGCAUAUGAGCCCAAGGCAUGCUCUCAUGUUCCACCUUCCACCUUUUAUUAUGUAUUCUCCAGUAUAUGCAUGAACUCAUUGUUUGUAUCAAGCUUAAACUUCUGGGUUUCUUCUACAGAUCACUUAGCACACAUAAGGUACUUUUUAUGACCCUGAGAGUGUGUAGAAGAACUGCUGUUGUGACAAAAACACACAGAAAAAACAAAAAGUCUUGUGGCAUUUUAAAGGUUGACACAUUUCUGGUGACAGGAGCAGACACAAAGGACAGAAGAGAAUGGAAGAGAGCCCAGACCAGACCAUAAUUUGAGUUAGGGUUCUUUAGGGCAGUAAAGCAGGGAUCUCAUAAAUCCUGUGGAGCAUUCCUGGAGUGAUCAAGAAGAAGAGAGGGGCCUAUUGGCUUGCAACAAAAAGGUGCCGAAACAGAAUGCUUCAGCACUUUUGACAGGAACAGCUCCUCUCCCUUAGCUCCAGUUACAACCGAGGGAAUGCUGGCUGACCAGGAGCCAACCCCUUCUCCUCCGCUCGACCUCCCACUUCGCCCGAACUGCCACCAGCAUGCACACCACCUCUAGAGGAGGAGGAUCUCAAUGAGGUGCCAUCGCCUUGGAUGAGCAGACAGCUGCGCUGGUAGGCUCAGAUGGCCCCACUUUUCCAACUAGGAGGAGUGCUUGCUUGCUCAUGCACUUCCAUUCUGUGACACCUUACUCACGCAAGCAAAAAGAGCCUACCCUGAACCUCCUUAAGGGCUUUAGGGUGUGUGUCUAAAUGUUGUGACAAUGUCUUAACUUUGAGUGUCAUGCCUAGUUAUGCUGUGUAGAGAUGGAGAAUCCUGUAUAACCUGUAAUUUGAUCCAUGAAAUGCUUUGGACAUGAAAUUCAACAUUAAA